CUGACUGUUUGAUUGCUCUGGGUGCGAUUACUUCAGCCUGGCUAGCUUCUACACAUAGCGUCUGUUGUUAGUCUAGCCUUUAUAAGUCUUAUAUUUUGAACUUAAAUAGUUGUGACACAAUGGCUGAUGAAGAAUUGGAGGCUAUUAGGCGGCAGCGAAUGGCAGAACUGCAGGCAAAACAUGGGGACUCCUCCAGUGAGCAAGGGCAACAGGAAGCCAAGCAGAGAGAUACAGAAAUGAGGAACACGAUACUGGCUCAGGUGUUGGAUCAGUCGGCUCGCGCCAGAUUGAGUAACCUGGCACUGGUGAAGCCUGACAAAGCAAAAGCUGUGGAGAAUUAUCUGAUCCAGAUGGCUCGAUUCGGCCAGCUCGGUGGAAAGAUCUCGGAGUCUGGUUUAAUAGAGAUCCUUGAAAAAGUCAGCCAACAAACAGAGAAGAAAACAACUGUCAAGUUUAACAGACGACGAGUGAUGGACUCGGAUGAAGACGAUGAUUAUUGAUUAGUAUCUGUUCCAAUCGGUGUGCUGGUGAGACACGACUGCACUACUCUGCAUCUCUGGAGUACACUCUGGGAACAACUCCUGUUUAUUUAUUCAUACAGGAACUUUCCAUCCAUGUUGUUGCACACAUUUUGAAUACUAGAAUCUUGUGCCCCAAAACAACAAUUUACAGUAUAAUUUCUAAAGACUGACUUGUGAAUACGGUUUAAUUUUUGCCUCAAAACAAAACAGGCCUUCUUGCCAUCUCUUCAUAUGUUGAUGCAUUGUGCAGCUGUUUACAAAAUAAAAAAAAGAAACUUGUAUACAA